UUGAACAAGCUCUUACCAACUAUUACCACUGCUUAAGCUCUGAGGCGUCAGCUUAACACGAUAUAUCAAAUUGUACAAUGGUGCUUAGUUUUUCUAUGUAAGGGCAGCACAUAAAUUUUGAAUUGUAAAUUUUUGCUCGCUUGUGACUACAUGAAUGUAACAUUAUUUGAUUAUUUAGUGCCACCGUCAGCUGCCGUUAUUUUAUUUUAUUUUUACCUCUUUUGAAUUACCAGCAUAAAAAUAUUGAAUAACUUGUUACAUAUUUUAUGUUGUUUCCAUUUUAGAGCCGCUAUUGAACAUUGUGCGGCUUAAAGUAGGAAGAAAAACGCGAUAAUACACAGAAAGGAGAAGGAACUACCAUCGCAUUGGUUGGUGGAUUGGAAGAAAGAAAGAAAUAAAUAGAGGCUGAGAGUAAACUAGACUGCUGUUUAAUAUUGCAUCGUGGUAGCAUCAGGGAUUUGCUCUCUCUCUCUCUCUCUACAAUUUUAGUUCCUACAACAAACAGUACAUUGCUAACUAGUGCGUACACUCCGCCGUUCAGAUAGAAUCUUCAUUGCAUUACCAAUAUAUCAUACAACAUGCUACCAAUUACAGAGCUACAGGAAGAGAGGGUUGCAAGUUACCACUGCUGAAGUUAUAACACAACACUGUUACCAUCCCUAAUACUUUGUUAUAAUAUCCACAAAACUGGUUUUUAAAGGCCUGUUUGGAAUUGUAAAAAGGACCGGCGAUAGCAUCUUUUUAAACCCAAAAAUAGAUUUAGUUAGCGACUCUAAAUUUGGGUGAAAUUUUAACCUCAAGCUCCAGUACCCUAACCGGGAGUUCAACUAUACUACUCUUGAAUGAAAUUGCACUCUGCUUCAGAAAGAGCUCUUUGCAGUAAAAGUGCACCUCUAUUUUCGGUGCCCAGAUUUCGAUCCAUUAGUAAUAUGGUCACAAUUUAUUCUCGUGGGAGCAUAGAACCUAGCCCGCCGUAAAUUGGGCUCUUUUGUCAAACCAGUUUUGCACCUGAUUUUGUAAAUAUUACCGUUUUUGCUCGAUCGAAAUGACUGGGUGUGAACCACUGCUUUCGUAACAUUCCGUGAUAAUUCAGAUCUCUGAAAAAGUCCAAGUCCUUAACUUGACACUUGAUAUUUGUUUGUUGACGGAUCAUUUUGUAUGGUCAUUUACAUUUCAUACCGAAUCAUUAUUUUACUUGACUAUAACAGCAAUUGCUUCAUUUUGACCUGAAACGAACCAGCUUUCAAAUCGAACUUAUUGUAUUGAAUUUCGUUUGGCUGCGAACUGAUUUAAGUGCAGUUAAAAUUUAUGUCGGUCGAUACCUUAUCGGCUCACAGAUCUCCCGGAAACGCACGUCGUGCAUUCGGAACAACCGCCAGUCGACAUUUGAUGGGCCCUAACGCCGCUGGUGUUGGUAACAACAUAUCCACUUUGCGUAAUACGACGAACCUUGGUCCGAUUUCAGGCGAACAUAGUCACCGACGAUCGUCUGAAGUGACAACUAAUAGCGUGAUGACACAAGGCAACAGCAAUAUUAUGAAUCAAAACGGAGUUGGAGGAAAUAACGGGACAUAUCUACCUCCGAUCAAAAAUAGUCACAUGACCUCUUUGAAUAGUAGCGGGGCCGGAAAUCAUCAAGUGCACCAUUCCUACGUGUCACACAAAAACAGUUACCCAAAUUACUACCAACCGCCACAAAGCGGAGUCCCGGUCAACGGUAAUGCGAAUAAUGCAGUUUCGAACCACUCCCUGAUUGACAAUCAGCCACAGGUAUCCGGACAUUCAUACCCGGUUGUGCAGCCCUUGUACGGAUCUCAAGACCAACAGUUUUGGCAGUCGAAGAAAGAUCUGACCGCAGGUGGCGGAAUUCCAACAACACAGAACAUCGCCGCGAACAAAACCAGCGAUUAUUCAACAGCAUCCUUGCCAAGAUCCAGGGAUCGAGAAUCCUCGAACCGAACCCUAGAAAGAAGACCCUCGAACCAGAGCAACGCGUCCAGUCGGCAAUUUCCUGGAAAAGAUACCAGGGUGUCUCCAGGUGGCGCCCUAACCGUAGACUCAGCCAUGAAGCAAUACAUGCAUAAACUCACAGAUUUUGAGCACAGGGAAAUUUAUGUGUACAAUAAAGUCUACUUCUGUGGUCCAAAUGCAAAAAAGAGAUCAGGAAUCAUCGGCGGCAACCAGAACUGCGGAUACGACGAUGAAAACGGAUGUUACAUUCCAGUACCUCAUGAUCACGUAGCCUACAGGUACGAAAUGCUGAAAGUGAUCGGCAAGGGAAGCUUUGGCCAAGUGCUGAAGUGCUACGACCACAAAACCCAAACCCACAUUGCUUUGAAAAUGGUGCGAAAUGAGAAGAGAUUCCACAGACAAGCACAGGAAGAGAUUAGGAUCCUAGAACAUCUGAGGCGCCAAGAUGUGAACAACAACCACAAUAUCGUCCAUGUUUUGGAGAGCUUUGAAUUCAGGAACCAUCAGUGUAUAACGUUUGAGCUUCUAAGCAUGAACUUAUAUGAGCUUAUCAAGAAAAAUAAAUUCCACGGAUUCACGUUGCAACUAGUCCGCAAAUUCGCACACUCACUUCUCCAGUGUCUGGAGUGUCUGCACCGGAACAAAAUCAUCCACUGUGAUCUGAAGCCGGAGAAUAUUCUGCUGAAGCAGCAAGGGAGGAGUGGAAUCAAAGUGAUCGACUUUGGAAGCUCCUGCUACGAACACCAGAGGAUCUACACGUACAUUCAGUCGCGCUUCUACAGAGCCCCAGAAGUCAUACUUGGUGCUAAAUACGACAUGGCUAUCGACAUGUGGUCAUUUGGCUGCAUUCUUGCCGAACUCUACACCGGAAUCCCCAUUUUCCCAGGAGAAGACGAGGGCGAUCAGCUUGCCUGUAUAAUCGAACUACUCGGCAUGCCAUCACAGAAGCUCAUAGAACAGUCGAAAAGAGCCCGCAACUUCAUUAGCUCCAAGGGAUACCCCAGGUACUGCAGCGUCACAUUACAGGACGACCAGGUUGUCUUAGGACCUGGAAAGUCUAAGCGCAACAAGAUCAGAGGAACCCCAGGGUCCAAGUCAUGGGGAAAAGCGCUGAAAGAGUGUGACGACCCAGUUUUCAUAGACUUCCUAAAAGGUUGUCUUCAGUGGGAUCCAGAGAAAAGAUUCCAGCCCUCCCAGGCCUUCAGACACGACUGGAUCCGCAAACGUACUGUAAGACCUGGCGAUGAACCAACUAGUCACGGGGUCAGCAAUGGUCACAUGUCGCAUAGUCAGACAAACAACAAAAUGUCUUACUUGUCAACAGGUCAAAUUGGGGCAAAUAAGCAGAACUCAAGUUCAACGAUGACCUUGAACAUCGCUGGAAUGACUAACGGAGUCACAGGGGUAGCUGUGCCGGCAGCGAUGGGCGACACGAAGUUGACGGCGUCUUCAGGUCGUAUCGCGAACAGUUUCAAUGACAUAUCGAAUAUCAGUCAACAACACAAUUCACAUUCGAACGCGCUGCCAAAAAUAUCUUCAUUCCACAAAAACUGAUGAUCACAUAUUUGGUCACGCUCCAAAAUUUAUUCCUCACUUGUUAAGCUGGGCUUGAAUUGAAAGAAAAAAACUGUGUAGAUAGCUUGAAUGUGAUCGAAUUUGUUCGCGUUUUUUAUGUGUCACAAGUCUCGAUAUGUUCAUUUUCAUUUCUUCGAAGGACUAACUCAGUGCUUAAAGUUUUUAAGAAUUUAGUGUUAUACAAGACAUUGAAUGUCUUGAAAUUCCAACCAAUUUGUGCUUAAAUCCCUAAUUGUCACCUCAAAGUUUUCUAAAAAGGAAUUAUAUCUGGAUGUCCUGUUUAAACUUUGUUUGCAAAUAAAUAGUUCAGAAAUAUUGGAAUAAUUAUUUGUAAUUAAAAAUGAGCGUAGUUUCAUUGUAAAUGAAUUAACUGCAAUUUUAUUUCUGCCUGAAAGCAUCCCCUGCCCACUAAUGAAGUUGUAAAGAAAUAAUUGGUUGCUGCUUAAAUAUUCUGUGCUGCAUGUAAAAUUCGAACCACCUGCCACGCCAUGAAAAUUUUGAAGUCAUGAAUUUUUUAAGGAAUAUUUGAAUUUUUUGCAGAUGGUUCUGUUUUACCGCCACUUAUUAAAACUGAAAGGGCUUUGAUGUAUGGUUUGACGUAUGUACUUGGCAAAAAUAGACAACUUGAAGUCUUGUUGGUGCGUUAAUGGAACCAAUAAUCAAUUUGGAUUAUUUUGCUAUGCUUUCAGUUUCCCUCAAAUUACAAAUUUUACGCAAUUAAAGAAUUUUUUUGAACUGAA